GGAACACUGUUCGAUUAACAAUAAAUACUGUAUGGAACAUGUUCUGAAAAAAAGAAAUAUAUAAUCAAAACCGUGUCAUAGGCGCUUCCGUAAACAUAAAUUAGCUGGAAUUUGACAGAAAUUCUUCAAUCUUAACGUCUACAGAUGGCGUCUUUGCUCCAUGAGGAGGGAGGGGAGGAAGAGGAUGAGGAGAGCGAGGCCUAUAACAGCGGAGAACACUCUGGCUACCUCAUCAGUAACAUGGAACAGUUCCGAGUUGACAGCGGUUUUACUGAUAUCACUAUAGAGGUUGAAGGACAAAAAUUUGCCUGCCAUAAAGUGAUUCUUGCAGCAGGGUCCCCAUAUUUUAGGUCAAUGUUUUCGUCUGGGAUGGAGGAAUGCCAUAAGAAUGUGGUCCGGAUGCAACAGCUAGGUAGCGACGUAUUUGAGCAGGUCUUGAAGUUUAUAUACACAGGCAAAGUUAGCAUCACAGCCAUUAUAGUAGAGGAUCUUUUUGCCCAAGCUCACAUUUUCCAGAUUCAAACUCUCGUUGGAUUGUGCGUUGAUUUCUUCCAGAAGAACAUGAAGGAGCACAAUUGUCUGUCUGCAUUAACACUUGCCGAUAUACAUGCCCACAGACAGUUGUACAAUUACGCGAAAACAUUUUGUUGCAGUCACUUCCAAAGCCUUGUGCACGAUGAGGAUUUGUAUAAGCUAUCGAGCGAGUGUAUUACUGAUUUGUUACAAGAUCGUCAUCUAAACUGCGAAAACGAAGAGCUUGUAUAUGAAACAGCGAUAAAGUGGUUAGAGUUUGAUUAUACGGGGAGAAAAAGCUACCGUUACAAGGUGUUAGACACUAUAAAGUUUCCUAUGCUCACAAAAACUUUCUUAAUAGAUGUUGUGUCCAAGACGCAGCACGUUGUUUGUGAUGACAGGGGUAAAGAGUUAUUGGAUGAUGGUAUACUGUUUCACACUAUACCUGCAAGACGCCAUCAGUUGCCGCUCUAUCAAAUUACGCCACGCAAGAACAUGCCAUUUUGGGAAACUGCAAUAUUAUUGGGUGGAAGACUAGCCGAUGGUCUGAGUAAUGAUGUUGAAUGUUAUGUAGCUGAUACAAAUGAAUUCUUCAAUCUGAAACAACUACCUUUUAAAAAACGGAACGAGUUUUCUGUAUGUACUAUCGGCAAUGAUAUUUAUGUAUCCGGUGGGCUAAGAAGUGCUGAAUUCUGGAAAUAUGAUCCGGUAUUUGAUACAUGGUUGAGAGGACCAAACUUGAUUCACGCACGAAGAAGACACGGUAUGUCAGCCGUAGAUGACCAGAUUUUUGUUCUUGGUGGUUUUGACGAGGAUAAUGUUCUAGCAACAGUUGAAUACUGGGAUGUAGAAUUGAACAGGUGGGAGGAGGGUGGUAGCCUCAAUCAACCUGUAGAAAACAUGGGAUAUGUCGCAUAUAAUAAAAGUCUCUACCUGUUUGGAGGUAAAAAUAAUGAUGAAGUGGUCACAAAUUGUGUUCAGUGCUAUGAUACCGUGACAAAAACAUGUACAACUUUAUCUUGCGACUUGCCGGCAAAUGACAUGUGCCUUAGUGCCGUUGUUUUUAACAGUGAUAUCUACGUAGUUGGACUGGAGGGGGUGUUCCGAUUCUCCCCAGAUAGAGAACACUGGGAUAUCCUUCCAGAUAUGAGUUGUGCAAGAGAUUUUGUCAGUCUGGCCGUUCUCGAUGAAAGACUGUAUGCACUUGGUGGUCGACGAAGGGGAGCGAAAGAUAACUUGUACACAGAAGUAAUCGAGUGUUACGACCCAAAAAAUAACAUGUGGCAGAAAGCUGGUACAAUGCCAGUUCCUAUGUAUUCGUACGGUUGUGUAAGAAUAUUUCUCGGGAAACAGACAAACGUGAGAGGGGAGUUUACUCAGUCAAGGUGACUAGACAGAUGGUGCGAUGAACUACGGACAGAGCUUUCUAUUAAUAUAAUGUAAAGUGUGGCAUGUACAUGUUUUAAUGGAGUCACUUUCUUGGUGUUUGUUGCUUAGCUCAUUGGUCCUUAUUAAAUAAACACUGUGAUAACAUUUUUUUUUUUUUUCAAAAAUAGGGCAAAAAAAUCAGUUUUAACUGACUGUUCAAUUUAUAUGCUUUGAUUUAUCAAUAUACAAACACAUAUAUGUAUUGAGAACUUCCCUGUGGAAAUUAUUUUGUAAGUGGCAUUAUCUGCUGCUUCUAGAAGAUAGGAAAAAUUGAUUUUUUUAGAGGUAGUCUGUAGACUUUAAUGAUAGUUUAAUACAAUAUAAAACAGAUGAUGAAUAAAAGAACAUGCUGGCCCAUUGAAAGCAGGCUAUUUAGACCAAGUAUAAGAAUAAAAUGUAGUCAUUUUUCUAAUUGAUAGCUUUUAAUCUGUGAACGAGACUUUUAAUUGAAAUUGUUUUAACAAUUAACAACCUUUUAGAAGUAGGGAAGUGUGCUUCAUACUGGCUUUUACUUCUUAUUUGAUGAAGUUUAAAUAGAUGAACAUAACUUUGUUACUUCCAUGUUUAAAGGAGGGGAAAUUUAUGAUUUUUGUUGCUUUUUUAUUUUGUGUUUUUUCAUUUGAAGAUUUUGUCUUGAUUAAUGAUUUGUGUUUUGGAUGUUGAGGAAAAUGUUUGUGGAAAAAAAUAUUCUUUUUUCGCUUUGUUGUUUUAUUAUGUACCUAGUUUUUGGGCAACCUUUUUCUCCUUUAACAUUUAAGUCAUAAAGUUGAGAAAAUUCAAAUAAACAUGACAGAACAUUGUCUGUUAAUGCAAAGUAAGUGUUGUGAACUUCCAGUUCAUGUCAAUUUUACAAGAAAUAUACAAAGUAAAUGUAUGUGUGAAACCUAUUAUUUUAGUACUAGUAUGAUAUAUUAAAAAGGUUUAGUUAAAGAGUUAAGUCCAAAUAAUGAGGUGAUGUAACUAUUCAUCUAUUCAGAUUCAGGAUAUAAACAUCUUAUCUUAGGCCUAAGGAGAACAUGUGCCUAGUAUCUCAUUCAUUUAAUGUUUUUGUCUCGGAAACUUGAAAUAUACAUGUGUAUGUAUAAGCUCAUUUUGCUUGUUCGUUUUAAAAUUCACUUAAAAAUAUGUUAUUGUAAUUUUUGGAAAUAAUUAUUUUUGAAUCACAAUGUUCAUGUAAUGAUGAUGGAUGCCAUAAAUGCUUUUGUCUGAUUACAUGUGAAUCUGUAUUUCAACACUUAUAUUAAUUUCUAAAAUGGUAAAACUUCUUUUAAAAUACAAAAUUUGUUUCUGUAUUGGAGCUUAAGGUUGGGGGUAAUAAUUAUCUGAUUAAUUACACUAUUUUUUGGCAUGGAACAUAGUUGAAAUGAAGAUAUACGCAUACCAAUUGAUUAAUUUAUACAUAAACUGCUCAUUGUUUUGUGUUUUGUUUGCCAGUAAAUUCUGCUAAUUUGUGAUAGUGUCGGUGAAUUGUGAUAAUAAAAUGUUUUUCAUGUA